GCCGGAUCCGCGCGGCCGUGCCGGCUAAUAAACGCUGCCGAUUGAUCUGAAAUACAUUGUUUCCUUGCUUGCGUUUAUUGAUCUAACGCUGCCUUAUUGAUCUGUAAGGCAUUGUUGCACGUCUGCUGCGCACCACCAGGAUGGCUGCCCAAAAGGUGAGCCCGUCAAUAGACCUCGCGGGAGCAGAGGCGCCGCUGCUGGACCUGGCGACGUUAGCGGAACGCGUGAAAGCGAUCGAAACGACACCCGAUGCGCCAACGCUGCACCAUCUCGCGAUGCGCGAGCCGACGAGCUUCCACCAAUCAACCAUUUACUACGGACUGGUACGACCGAACACGCCGGCGUGGCGCAAGUACGGACUGUUGGCAGCGUCGAUUGGGAUUGUAUUUCUGCAGUGCUUCGUCGCCACUGGAUUAAGCUUCGGGGUUGGCACGAGCACGUGCAGCGAACACUCGGAAUGCACCCGUGGAAAUUUCUGCGACGAGGGGAUUUGUAGUGGGUGCUCAGAGUGGCAUAAGUCCUGCUGCCUUCCCAAUGCGACAGCAACCUGCUCGAUCGAUAAAAAAGAGGGACAUAAUCGCCGCGAGAUGGGUGAGAAGGACAGAGAAGGCAUGUGUAACACGUGCGUUUCGGACAAAGGAUUCGAGACUAACCAUGACGUUAUAAGGGAAGGAGUCCACGCAAUGUUCAUUCAGGAUUGGUUUGCGCUCUUCUUGGCUUCACUGGUCGUCGCGUUCGGCGUGUUCGCGGAGAUUCGGGAUGGCAUGCUGAUGGAAAUUGCCUUGCGAGAGAUAUCAAAGCGACGAGAAGUCAGCCGCGGCUGGCGGUUUGCUAUCCACGGCCUGAACUUUGCUCGUUACUUCAUACUAUUUCCAAAGAUACUUUUUUCAGUCAUGUCGCUUGUACACGAUAACGGCGGGCGGGUUAGAGAUAUUUGUUUGAACACUGUGGCAGUGUUGUUUCUAUUGGAAGUUGACAACCUCGCUUUUCUGCACGGGCUCGGCGAGCGCACCCGCAUGGAGGCGGAAGAGCACGCAGGGGCGCACGAACAAGUGACGGAGCUCGACCUGGAGAGCAUGGAUGCCGUCAAGCUCGUGUGCGUCCUUACGAUCCCUUGUGCGAUUGUCGGAGGCGUCUGUGGUGCUUACGCGAGAAACUUGGCCGACGGAGAAACAGAUAAUGUAUGUUACAUGCUCGCCCCUCUGCCGUCCAUGUUAGUGGUGUUCGUACAGCGAGUGAAGGCGAACGGACGAAGGGGAGUGUGCGCCGGGCUUGGCUGGGCAAUCGUCGGGUUCGUCGCCAUGGUUGGCUGGGGUGCAUUGUUCUACCAGAUGAUAUAUCUUCAAGCGACGGGAGAGGGAGCAAAGUAUGUUAGAUAGGGGGCCG